GGUGGCUCCACGCGGAGGGAACUCAUCCCAAAUGCUCAGUUCCAAUGAAGCUGUGACAAUGUCAAUCAAAAUCGGCCCGGAAUCAUGUCGCAAUGUAUUCUCUAUGGAAAGUGAACUCGGUGCUCCGCCAUUGCUUCUUGCCGUCAUGAUCACGUCCGAGGAUGGAACACGAAGUCGCUCUCCCAGCCCCCGAUGAAGGGCCCGGACUGGGGAUUCAAAAGGGGUCGAACUUUCCAUACUUUGCUCUCCCAACCCAUGAUAUGCUUAGAAGACGCAAGAGAAUCAUCAUCCAUCCUCCAGCAGCAAAGACGGCUCUUCAAGAUGCAGCUGAUCGCCCUCUUCCUGGCCUCGCUCGCCGCCGCGUCGCCCCUGGGCAGCACGACCCCCACCACCUCCCUCAUCCCGCGCCAACAGGCAACGCUCUGUGACCAGUACGGCUACUGGUCCGGCAACGGCUACGAGAUCAACAACAACAACUGGGGCAAGGGGUCGGCCUCGUCGGGCUCGCAGUGCACCUACGUCGACGGCAGCUCCGGGUCUGGCGUCCGCUGGCGCACGACGUGGACCUGGCGCGGCGGGGACAACAACGUCAAGAGCUACGCCAACUCGGGCAGGCAGUUUGCCCGCGGGCUCCGCAUCUCGUCGCUCAGCUCCAUGCAGACGUCCGUCUCGUGGUCGUACGACACGACUAACAUCCGGGCGAAUGUCGCGUAUGAUGUGUUUACCGCCGCCGAUCCGAACCAUGUCACGAGCAGUGGUGACUAUGAGUUGAUGAUUUGGCUCGCCAGAUACGGCAACGUCUACCCGAUCGGCUCCUCCGUAGGCACCGUCAACGUGGCCGGCCGCACCUGGGAGCUCUGGGUCGGCUACAACGGUUCCAUGAAGGUCUUUAGCUUCAUUGCGCCCAGUCCCAUUAACAGCUUCAGCGCAAACGUCAAGGACUUCUUCAACUACCUGCAGAGCAGCCAGGGCUAUCCAGCCAGCAGCCAGCAUCUGAUCGUCUUCCAGCUGGGCACCGAGCCCUUCACCGGCGGGCCAGCCACCAUGACCGUCUCGCAGUUCUCGGCGAAUAUCUAUUGAGCGAGAAGGAUCGGGUGGUAGUACUAUACCUGCCGGAG